AUGGGGAUCGAUCCACUUGAUGUCCGCCCCCCCCGCGUAAUCCAAUAUGCCGAGCUGAAAAACAAAGGAAAUUGGGACCAGGCUCGGGAUGUCAAGAACGAUAUCUUCCAAGAGCAUUUCACACUGUCUGCCAGCUAUAAUCUAGCAGAGAUAGAAUUAGAAGGCACCUUCCUUGACAAGGCAACAGAGUGGUGCCAAUGGGUGUCCGAUGGUACUCAGCGAGUGUUUGGAACAAGACAUGUACUCUCGAUGAAGACAGAAAGCCUCAUGGCGGAGAUCAUGUGCCAGCGCGGACAAUACCAGGAGGCUGAAUCUAUGUGUGCAAAUGUCCUCGCUCGCCAACAGAUGAAUAUUGGCGAGGAUCAUUUAGAUACCUUGACUACGCGAAGGCGCCUGGCUAUGGCCUAUAAUGCACUCAGCAGGAGGGAAAAUGCUAUUGCGACCGCAGAGAAACUCGCCGACAGCUAUAAGCGCUUGCUUGGAGACAACCAUGUCCUCUUUUUUGUAGCGGCUCUCGACAUGCUAGAGUAUGCCAUCUACAACCAUGGUGAUAACGGGGUAAACACAAAAAAAAUAUACCGACCCGAUGUCAAACGAGCAUUUGAGAUUAUCCCAACUGUUCAUGAAGAACUUCUCGCAGGGCUCGGUCGCAUACAUCCACUCACCAUCCGAGCCCUCUGUCUACAUGGCCGAGGCCUUAUCUGCGUGCAGGAGAAAAUGGAAGCGUCCGAAACUCUUCGUCGAGCACUCGCGGUUUCAGAGGAAGCUCUCGGACCAGACCACCCACUAACCAUGGAUAUCGUUGGAAACAUCGCUGUGAUGUAUGCGCUGCAAGCUCCUCAGUAUUAUGUUGGGUCCAGUCCUCCAUCCGAGGCCCUUCCGUGGUUAAAACAGUAUGUGGAGUGGGUCGAGCGGCGGCGAGGCAUUCAGAAUCCGGAGACCCUCGCGACUUUGGAGAUGUUGGCCAACCUUCAAUUUGUUGCGAAGGAGUACGAAUCAGCUCAGAAAUACUUUGAGCGGGCCAUGGCCUCCUGUCGAGGCAAUAACCCGGCGGCCGAGAAACGCAUCGAUAACCUCUUACAACUUUGUCGUGCAAAUACCAUGUGGACCACUGGUAAUCGGCGCUCGGGCAUGGAGGGGAUUCUGUCGGCUUUCCAGCGGCAGCGAUUCUAG